AUGCCACAAAAAUCUAUUAAGUCUUCAAAACUGCACGAUGUAACCACGAAGGACCAGAAGGAACAAGAGCCUGGUACUCCAGCAGUGUUGCAGCCACAACGGGACGAAAGCCCCGAAAGGACAAGCUGCGGCAAAGUCAUUCUGCCUGCCGGUUCAGCAGAUGUGAUGGACACUACGUACGCCUACCAGGAAGGAACACCACCCGCAAUUACCGGACAACAAAGCACUAGCACUGAGACGCUUGAGGAAAAUGCUAGACGUCCAUGGAAUACCCAGACACUCUACAGAUGUACGACAAUGUCUUCAAGGACCAACAGGAAAAAGGAGUCAUAG